CUCUCUAAACUCUUUCUAAGAAAAUGUCGCUUUGUUCUUCACUCUCUCUUCUUUUCAUCUUCAUCUUCAUUCUGCAACCAAGAAGUGCUCAAUCUUCUCAAAAAGAUCAUUCAAAACACAUUAACAAUGGUAGAAUCUCUCUUGGUUCUCCAAUUUCAAGUCUAGUACCACCUUCAGACCCUAAUUCUCCUUCUAUUCUUGCUUCAUCCGAUUCUCCAAGUUCAACUCCAUCACCAUCACCAUCACAAAACCCUAAUUCUUCUCCAGUUCCGGCUUUGUUCGUUUUUGGAGAUUCUUCUGUUGAUUGCGGAACCAAUAAUUUCUUGGGGACAUUUUCUCGUGCUGAUUUGGUCCCUUACGGCAGAGACUUCGAUACUCAUACUCCAACUGGAAGGUUUUGUAAUGGAAGAAUCGUCGUCGAUUAUCUUGCGUUACAACUAGGACUACCGUUUGUACCUGCAUUUCUAGGGCAAGAUGGAUCAGUUGAAGAUAUGAUACAUGGAGUAAAUUAUGCUUCUGCAAGUGCUGGCAUUAUUUUCUCAAGCGGAUCUGAACUGGGUCAGCACAUUUCAUUGACCCAGCAAAUUCAACAAGCAAUGGAUACCUUUCAGCAGUUCAUAUUAGCCGUAGGAGAGGAACAGGCAAAUGCAAUCAUCUCAAAGUCGAUCUUUUACCUCUCAAUUGGAAGCAAUGAUUUCAUACAUUAUUAUCUGCGGAAUGUCUCUAGAGUUCAAUCUCUGUAUUUUCCAUGGGGUUUCAACCAGCUCUUAGUUUCAAUUGUAAAACAGGAGUUGAAGAACUUGUACAACGCUUACGUAAGAAAAAUUGUGGUGAUGGGUUUGGCUCCUCUUGGUUGCGCUCCUCAUUACUUAUGGCAGUACAACAGUAAAAAUGGAGAAUGUGUGGAGGAAAUAAAUGACUUGGUAAUGGAGUUCAACUUUGGCAUGAGAUUCAUGGUCGAAGAACUAGGGCAGGAACUCAUUGAUGCAGAUAUAACCUUUUGUGGUGCUUUCGAAGCUUCCAUGGAUAUGACGCAUAACCGCGAACGUUAUGGUUUUCAAGUAACAACUGAAGCUUGUUGUGGGUUAGGUCCCUAUAAAGGAUGGAUAAUGUGCCUUGCACCCGAAAUGGCUUGUGAUGAUGCGUCAACUCAUCUGUGGUGGGAUCAAUUUCAUCCAACUGACGCUGUAAAUGAAAUCCUGGCUGCUAAUAUCUGGUCUGACAAACACAUGAAAAUGUGUUUUCCCAUGAAUUUGCAGGACAUGAUCUGACUGGGAGAGCUUCACAACCAGACAGCUUCUGAAAGCCGGUGUGGAAAAGAGGUCACAAAUAAUUCAAUUAUAUUUCUACAAAUUGUGGAUUCCACAGUUUCUUUCUUAAUCUGUCUGUCCAACCAACUUGUAUGCACAACAGAUGUGUAUAACUGUGCAGUUUUAGAAUUUUGGUAUCAGCCUAUAA